UUGUGUUUCAUGCAGGUGGCUAGGAAAACCAAAGAUGCAUAUGUGGAUGUGGUUUGGCUACGACCUCGGGGAGUUCCUGUUCGCAGGGCUCACGAUUAGCACACGAUGGGCCUUCGCCUUGACGUGGAUCGUGCUUUUCUUCGUGGCGUUACUUUUCGAAGGAUCAAAGGUUUAUCUGGCGAGAGUACAAAAGGAGGCCCACAAGAAAUUGCACCCUUAUCGGUCAGACGAGAGGCGAAAUCUGUUAUGUGAACGGGAACAAAUUAACGCGAUGGAGCCAACUACUAGUCGCAAUACAAAUUCUGGUCAAGUUAGCAGAUGGGCGUCCUUCCGCGUCAGGACGUUGGUGAACACGCACCAGACCACAGUGUUUAUGGUGCACAAUAUAGUGGGCUACCUCUUGAUGCUCACCGUUAUGAUGUACAACGUUCACCUGCUGCUGGCUGUCGUCUUCGGAAUGAUGUUAGGGUAUUUCCUUUUCGGGACAAAACUAACUCGUCUACAGAUGCAAUGCUUUAGGACCAAGAGGCUGGUGAUCUGCACGCCGGAAUGUGACGACACAGCUGAGAACUCGACACCACCUCUUCUGCAGUCUCCUUUAAAUUCAGAGUCUAAUCUAUUCACAUGUCAGACAAGAACAUGCAUCCAGCCAUCACACUACUUCCCCGUGAGCACUUUACAAGAUGGCGGUGAGAGUAGCAACGCCACGUGUUACUAUGGUGCUAAAAAGUGUCCAUCGAAAGUUGCCAGAGCGAAAAAAAUGCAAUCAGGGUCAAGACAAUGUCACAGUAGUGGCAGUGAGAAGGAGGAAAGUCCGAGCGUCGAGGACACGCAACUCUUGCGCAGUGAACACGGCUGUUGCAUGAAAAAGGAACCGAAAGAGGAAAAAUGCUGUAAAUCUAGUCAAAGCACGACAGUCAUCAUUCACGAAACAGAAAGUCACGAUGAUAGUUCAGAAACGAAACUAGAGCCGAAGAGUAGAGAAGACAGUCCACAGAUAACGUGCUGUCAUACGAAAGCGUCACCUAGUGAGAGUCAGGAACAGAUAAUAAAGUGACAUUUGUUUUGUUAUAAUCUGCGGAUACUGUGUAGUUGUUAAAGAGGCUCAUAGAUGUACAGAUCUAUAUUUAAAAGUUUUUAUCUUUGUACAGAUUUAUAUUCUUGUUACUUUAUAAUUAUGAAAUGUAGUUUUAAGUUUGUUAUAGCGAAUUUUUAUCUAUAUAUUUAUGAUUAUGAAUAUUCGGUUCCAAUACCAAGUGCUCAAUUAAUAUCUAUGUUAAACUAUAGCAAUAAAGGCAAUAAUUGGACGUGCCACUUGCCAGUUAGUAUAAUUUACUUGUCAUGACUAUAAAUAUACAAAAAUAUAUAAUAUGAACAAAUUUCAGCACUGUCUAUAAAUAGAAUGUGACGUUAUUUAAUAUGUAUUAUUUGAAUUAAUUUGUAUAAAUGAGACAAUACCUUGUAAAUAAAGUGUAUGAAUUA